AUCUCCAUCAGGAUGUGUUUCGAUUGAUCCGUCAGGAGGUUUGACUAAGGAGUCGGGAUAUAGUAUUUUUCAUGACGAUCCGGGUCACACACAAUGCAACUGGUGCUUUAUAGAAAGCAUUCCUCGCUUCAGUUUGUGCUACUUCUGUUUUUCUCAACAUUCACUCCUUUUUGUUCUGCCAGCGUGAUACAAGACCUUCAUAGCAACUACUACGAUCCGCCGCCGUCGCCUGAAGACGGUCCUCCACUCUCGGCCGGUGCCUUGAGGGAUACAACUUACCUUCCCGCGCAGAUUGGUGGUAUAGUCGGAUCAUAUGCUCUUUCACUCGUUGUAGUUGCUGCUCUCCUUCUUAUCCUAGCAAAGAAGCGCCGCGAACACCUCACGGCAGGAGAAGAAGACCUCGAGGGCCAGUAUCCAUAUUCAUUCGCUUUUCCACCGCCUCAGCUCGCAGACGCCCAAAAUACUCAAUACGGCCUUGAUCCGCCUAAAUCGCCAAUCAAGAAUUUCUCAUAUCCGACCCCGCCAACACCAUUGACCGACACAGGGCCGACAAGUCCUUACAUUGUUCCGUCGCUUCAUUCCACCAGCACUCUUGGUGUUAACCCGUUGGUAGACCCACGAGUCGUUGCAGCAGACCGCGAAAUGGCGCAACAACAGCUAGAAGAGAUGUACAGGCUCGUGAUGGAGCAGGAGGCUGCGAAGGAAGCAGGUGUCACUUUAGAUCAACCACCAGCGCCAUUGUCGUCCCAACAACAAGCUCCAAAGCAGGGGAUUCUAAAGAGGGGCAAAAAUAAGCCCGCGAACCUCGACCUACAGGCUGGAGCAGAGAAACCUCAAUCUAGAACAUCUUCAAUCUUAUCUGCUUUUAAAUCCCCUCGAAAGAAGAAUGUAAAAGGUAUCAGCAUCUCGUCGCCAAUCAUGACACCGAUGUCGGGUACUUUCCCGCGCCACGAGGAAGAAGAAAUGAGCUCAAUUCCGCCUCGUCAUUACGCACCCGCAUCCCCGCCUCCGAUUCCGACAGAUCAGAUACCAUAUGCACGGGCCAGCAGGCAGCACAUAGUGGCUCCUAUCACUCCCCCGGAUAUCUCGCCCGAGAGCACUCAAAGCAUUGACGAACGUCUGGGUCAUAUGCGCAAUAACUCGCAGUAUACAGACCCUGACCCUGUUUCUGCCAUCUCCGCCAUCUCGGAUCGAUCCACUGCACCGCUUGUUGGUCUACCUUCGUCACCAAAGCCAGGUGUCAACAGAUUCCCUUCCCUGCCAGCGUCUCCAAAACCCGGUGCUACGUUCCCAACUUCACCCCGGUUAGAACAGUCUUUCUCGCGACCCAACGCGCCAUCAGCAGUUCGAACUGGUGGGGCGCUCCCGCUGCGAGCUUACGAGCCUGCUCUCAGCUCUCCUUCGGCACAGACAACCAAGCAAACAACGUUUGAAAGGGCAAUGCCUCUAUCGCCUUCGGGAUUACGAACCCCUUGGACGGGUGCACCAGUGCCUUACACACCAUACCAGCCAUUCUCGCCUGUGGUUCCAAUUACACCAUCGUUAGUGACGAAAGCAGACAGAAAGAGGAUGAAGCAGUUACAGCCCAAGACACCAACCGUGGAGAUGGUCAAGAGCAGUGACGAAAUGUGGUAGACAUGGGUUUAACGGGUUUAUUGGGUUGCAAUGAUUGCAAUGGAAGGUCUCGUAGGGCUCAUCCUGGUCUGAGCCUGUUUCCCGGCGUUUUUUUAUAUGGGCUUGUGUUUCAAAAUGUGAUGAAUGACGU